AUGCGUAGUUUGUUGGACGGUAUUACUUCUGCACUGCGCAUUCCACAGGAGCAGUUACAACAACGACGACAACAACAACAAGAAUUGCGACGACAGGGAGAUGCUGACUAUGACAGAGGUUCUACUAGUGACACGGUGACAGGAACCGCGAUGAAUGUUGUGCCUACUUCGCUUCAAGAGGAUUCCCACAUGGACUUCUCAAGUCACUCUUUAAGUGGUGAGUUGCUUCAUGGUGGUGGUCACCGUUACUGUAAUUUUUCUACUGAGAGUUUACCAGACCUUCCUUUUACAAUGCUUCUUCUUACACAGAAUAUUGGUGGUAUUGAUGCAUGUUCUUUCAGUACGGAUAAAGUGAAUGAAAAAGUCUCUGGUGAAAGUGAGAUGGACAAAGAGAGAAAGAGUGUACGCAAUCCUGUACGGCAACUUGUAGCCGAGUUACUGGCCGAGUUACGACUUUUGAUCUACGAAGCCUGUCGUCGUGAGUAUGCUACGUACUCACGAAAACGUAAAACGAGUUUUAACGAUCGUGUACCACCACACUCUGUAGAGAAUGACUAUACCAUAGAAGACUCUUUGCCUCCAUUAAUUGAUGUUAUUGUUGUUCAUUUUCAGGAAAUUGGAGGAAAGCAAAUGAAUACAGAGUUCAAUGCCUUUUUUGCAGAAGCUUUGAAUACAGUAUUACCAGAAGCAGCGUGGACGUCAGGUCUUCUUAUGGAAACGAAUGACGAUGCGCAGAGGUUUACAGCCAUAGGUUCAAUUGUAUUUUUGUCACAUCGUAUGUGCCCUAUUAGUAGUAUUCUUUCUUUCCGUCAUCGUACAUUUGUUAGUGUUACGGAUGAUCCUGCUACAUACGGUAGUUCACCUACUUUUCUUUUUCACGGUAACAGGUUUUCUGGUGCUGGUCGCUCUCGUAAAGGUUACUUGCUUACAUCGUUGCGCUUUGGUACAGUUGUUGUGAAUUUUCUUAAUGUUCAUCUCUAUAAUGAUGCCAAAAAUACAAAUGCAGCGGAGUCAAGUCCGAGUAUGUAUGCAUUACAACGACAAGAAGCUUUGUUAGAGGCUAUGGCAGAAUGUAUGGUGUUUAUUUCACCUCAAGAUCCUUUAUUUAUUUUUGGUGAUUUUAAUACCCGUUUAGAUGCUCAUGCUCUUUUGCAGCAUUUAAAGGAAUUUCGUCAAAUAGAUGUAGAACUUGAUGUGAAAGACGUGCGUGCACCUGACAGCUUUUGGGAACUGUUCACAGAAUCAUAUCAUAUGGAAAUGAUAAAAAAAUUUGAUGUUGAAAUGGAACGUUUAAUGGAUGUUGUGGCUCAACAGAGUGGUGUAGAAUUGGCAGAGUUUGCGGUACGUUUCCCACCGUCGUAUUCGCGUCUCCCUAUUGAGGAUUCCUCACGAGUUCAAUGUACACCACAAGGUACCGCAAAUAGUAGUGAAGAGGAAAAGGACGCGAUAUGUGAUGGGGAACAUGAGAAAAAGAGAGCGAAAAGUGAGACGGAAAUACUGAAGAUAUUAGCGCGAAUUGCAGGAAUACCUUCACGUGGUUAUCUGCGGCAACGUAUUCCCGCCUGGUGCGACCGUGUUGUGUGGAAUCCUGCUGGAUUAGAACUGAUGACAGGAGUGCGUUCAUCAUCAUCAUCAUUGCCACUGUCUGCUCUUUUUGAGAACAAUAACAGUAGUGAAGAGUCUAUGGGUCGGUAUACGUAUCGAUCUUUUGCACUUACACACACAGAUCACGAUGCUGUGACAUUGUUUUUUUAA